AUGUCAAAGAAUUUUUCUAUCGAUGCAUUACUUAAUAAUAAUAAUAAUAAUCAUGAAAAUAAAUCGUCACCAACAUUUUAUAUAAAUCCAUUAUUUCAAACAUUUUUAAAUCAUUUACAACAAGAACAAACGAAAUCAAUUAAUCAACUUUCACAUAGUUUAACAACAAGUGAUAGUGAUGAAGAUGAUAAUUCAUCGAUAUCAUCCAUUAAUAAAACAACAAAUACAUCAUCAUCAACUCGUCGUAAACGAACAGCUUUUUCAAAUGAACAAUUAAUUGAAUUAGAAGCUGAAUUUCAACAAAAAAAAUAUCUAUCACUUGGUGAACGUUCAGAAAUUGCUAGAUCAUUACAUUUAUCAGAAAUUCAAGUUAAAAUAUGGUGGCAAAAUCGUCGUGCCAAAUGGAAACGUAUUAAAGCUGGACAAUUAAGACAAUUUUCUACACAUUGUGAAACAAAUAAAGUUUUAUGUCCUAUACCAGUACAUGUUAAAAAACAUUUUACAUCUUAA